AGCCUGGGGGACCCGAGCGACUUCCACCCCUCCCUCCGGUUGCACGUGGGGUGGCUGAUGUAAGAUCUUCCUCGGGGGGCUUCCCCGCCCGCCGCCGAGCUGAGACCACCCCCUCCCCCCGGACCCCACCUCGUGGCGCUCAGACGUGGGUCUCUAGCCCGCGCUUGCACGUUUGCCUGGAGGGCUCGGGUGGACGCUUUACAGUCCGGUUUCGGGGGUCCGUAAGACCAAGCCCGUCUGCUGAGGCUCGACCGAGCCAGCCCGACGUCUGCAGAGGCGGGAGACGUGAAGGAGCGCGGGACACCGGGCUUUCGGGUUAACCUUCCGCUCCCCUACACGGUGUGGGUCAGCUGCCCGAAUCCUGCUGUCUCCGUCGCCCGGUUGUAGUGGAAGGGCUGCAAGGUCCCCAGUCGAGAGCGGAAUCGUGGCCGGCCGGCGUUAUACCACGUGGCACCGGGAGGAGUCGGCCUUCGCGGCCCGCGGGGUCUGGGGCACCGCCGGCCGCCAGCCCAAGCCACAGAGGAGCCAAGCAUCCCCAAGUUCAGGAGAAUCUCCCUGGGUUUCUAACAUUUAAAUGUAGGCUAGUAAGGCAGCAAUUAGCAUUUCUAAUGGGGCCUCCGAGUUUUACAGUUUCCCCGCAGACUUAUCCCAUUAUUCCUUAGGGGACCCCCAUGAGGUGUGUAAAUUCUUGAUGCUCUCGGUUUAGGUGAAGCUUGGCAGGUAGCCUUUGUAAUGGUCUGGCUCAAGAGAGCACCCUGAGAACCAGGGUUAGAGCACUAUGUUUUCUUUGCAGACCUCUGGGGCGUAACAUAUGGUUAUAUUCAACUUAAACUAAGUCAAUACGUCAUGUGUCUAAUCAGAUACCUUCUUAAUUCUAAUAUAUUAUAGACAAGAGGCUCCCAAGAUUGGGAACAACUUAUGAAUAGAGCAAAACACAAUUCUAUGCAUUAACCUAAGGUUUUCUUAAAGUGAAGAUUCAGACCUCCCACUCCCAGUUUACCUGUGGCAAACAAAACCACUUAUAUCAAUUUUUAAAAUAUGGGAAGAAUUAAAAUUUCAAAGCAAAAGCAAGUUUUACAAGGAUUAUGGAAAAGGACAAAAACUUCCAUUUGUUGUUUCCUGAGUAGUAUUAAAAUGUUAGUCUUAGCAGACAUCUCUGUGAUGGGAAAAUGAGGGAGAGCUCUUCAGGAUGUCACACGAGGUCUGUAAUUAUUAGGCUAUGAGAACCACAGGGCUGUGCGAUGAAGAGUUUUACAAAAAAAAACUAGCAAAUCAGUUCCAUGAACUAACAAGCAAGACUGGACAUCCACUUUUAGGGCUUGAUAUGCUCUUUCUCAUUUAAUCCAAAGACAACCAUGUGAAGUUGAUUGUAUUUUAAUCAUUUUACAGAGGAGGAACUGAAGCUCAGGAACCCUAAACCGCAUGGCCAACAAGAGGUGGAUCUAGGGUUUAAACCCAGAUAGGUCUGACUUCAAAGCCUGCCAUCUUUACUGCUACACCGUCAGUCUGACUGCAAUGAAGUCGGUAGCAUGGGGACCUGAUUUGGAACAUUUGCGGAAGACCUUUAAUAUCCACCAACACGCAGAGGUGCCUGCCAUCUUGCAGGAAGUCCAAGAAGUCAAGAAGAAUUAUGGGUAAUUCUGGGUGCUGCUGGAAGUCUUUGAGGAUGGCUGUUCUGUUGGAAUGGCUUUCAUCAUCAUCAUCAUCAUCAUCAUCAUCAUCGGCUUUGUGAUGGAGGCACUCACUGUCUGGAUGGAAAGACACUAGGGAAGAACACUGAACAGCCAGGAGGUGUGAAUAAAGGCAGUGUGAGGAAGUCAGACUAAAUAGCAGGAAGGUAUUGCAGCAAGAUGGAUUUGGGAAAGGACCAAUCUCAUUUGAUGCUCCACCAGACACCUGAUCCUCACCAAGAAAAGAACCAUGUUCCAGAAGUCAUUGGAACUUGGAAUUUGCGAAACAGAGAGCAACUCAGAAAAAGAAAAGCUGAAGCACAAGAAAAGCAAACUUCACAAUGGCAAUUUGGAGAGAGAAAACAAAAGCGGCAGAGAACAGCAAAAGGAAACCAAAGAGGCAGAAAGAGACAACAAAAUACAGAACUGAAGGUGGAGCCUCUGUCACAAGUAGAACAAGAAAUGUUGGAGGAAGCAUUGGCACCUACAGAGAAAGACACUGAAUUACCUAGGAAUGUAACCGAAGCUUUCCUUCCGAUAGUCUCUCCCCAAAGAGCUGUACCUGAGGAAAAUUUCCCUGCAGUAGGUCAAGAAAGCAUUAUACAUCAGGGAAAAUCUCCUGAGUGCCAAGAAAUAAUACAAUGCCACCCUUCUGAGAUAGGCCAAGAUGUGGUUGAACCUGAAGGCCUCUCUCCUAACAUGUGCCAAGAAACAGCUGUAGCCAAAGCCCUACCUUCUCAAACAUCUGAAGACACAGCUGACCUGGAAGGAUGUUCUCUUGAUGCAUACCCAGAGCCAGAUGUGCCUAAAGGCUAUGCCCUUGAGACAUACCAAAAAAGAGCUGAGCCCAAGGAAUACAAUGCUGAACCAGGUCAAGGAAUAGCUGAGACUGAGAGCAUCCUUUCUAAAACACAAGAAAUAGCUGGGCCCAAAGACCAUUCUACAAAACCAUACCAAGAAAUAGUUGAACCUGAACACAUUUCUCAAAAAGCAUGUAAUGAAAUUGCUGUGCCUAUAGCUCUCUCUCAUAAAACCAUCCAAGAAACAUCUGUUCCUGAAGAAUAUCCACCUGAACUAUACCAAGGCACUCUUGGGUCUGAAGAAUGUUCACCUGAAAUAUACCAAGAAACACCUGAGCCCAAAGACUGUGUACCUGAAAUAUACCAAGAAAUAUCUGAGCCUGAGGACCUCUCUACAAAGACAUAUAAAAAUAAGGAUGUGCCUAAAGAAUGCUUUCCAGAACCAUACCAAGAAACAGGUAGACCCCAAGGCCAGGAUUCUGAAGCACACCAGGAAGAUGCUAAGGAUGUUUAUACUUUUCCUCGAGAAGUGAAAGAGAAACCCAAAGCACAAGAACCAGAGAUGCCAGCAAUUCUAAAUGUUCCUCAAGAGAGUCACCCAGAAAAUGACGUCUAUAGUUAUGUUUUGUUUUAACAGUGCUCAACCAUCAAAGUUGUCCAACAAAAUACACAUCUUAAUAUAUUACUGUGUGAUUUUCUCAAAAUAUUGUAGCAAUCUCUACAAUCUUUCUUAAUAUUUUAAGUGUUUUUUUCCAUGUAUAGACUGUAUCUUGAAAAGAGAACCAAUGUGUUUUUUUCAGGCUCUACCACGUAGAAAAUAUCCUGCUUGUGUGUGUGUUUGUGUGUGUGUGUGUGUGUGUGUGUGUGUGUGUAUUGGGGUGAAAAUAGUGGUGGGAAAAGACAAAAAUAGGAAAGGGAAGGGCUCAAUAAGUUUUCCCCCGAAGAACAAACAUUUCUUUGAUUACUUAUUAAGAGGAGAAAAACUUACACAUUUGAACAUUUAAAAUUUGGGGUAAUAUAUAGUUUUCUUGUAAAGUUUAUUCAGUUAUUAAUGUAACAAUAGCAUCAAAAAUUUAUUCAGGCUUUAGUUGGCUUUUUUAGUUAAUUUUAACAAUUCUUUUCAUUUUGGGAUUCUUUCAAAGAUAUUUUGGAGUGAUAAAUAUAGUUUACUUAUGUAUUUGAGUUUUGAUUUUUACUUUUUAUAUAUUGUAUUUGUGCAAAAUGUAUAUUAAAUCAUUAUUACAUGCCUAACUGUGUGGACCACAUCAUGGUAAGCAUUUUGAAGGUUAGAAGACCUAUAACACAUAGUCUCUCCCCAUCAGGGAUUUAAUUUAGUCUCUUGGGGGAAUAAAACAGAAAACAAAUAAUUACAAAAGAAAAUAGUAAAUGCUAGUGUCACUUGAAUAAUAGAUAUAAAAGAGAGAACACUCACUUUUUUGCUGGAAUGACCUGAAAAAA